AAUGGAGGCCUCUAAACCCAAGUUCCUGGGUGCUUGUCUUUUCGCUUUGUUGUUGUUUUGUCCUGUUGUGGAGUCGAGACGUUUUGCUGUUGAUGGCGUGAAUGGUGGAGUCUAUUGCGUAGCAUGCACUGCAGUGGCCGCAUUAACCAAUCAACUAAGCGUUAUCCACAAUGAGACCUUCGUCAAGUCAUUUGAUCGUCUUUGCAAGCUUCUUCCCACUGAAAUAUACCAGAAUGCUUGCUUGUCUUUGGGGAAGUAUUACAUUCCUAAGAUUAUAGAUAUCAUUACUGAUGACGUCACAGCUGACGUCAUAUGCCAUGCCAUAGACUUGUGUUAUACCGAUGAAGGGUAUCCAACAUGCCAUGCAUUUCCACCGAAAGGUGAUUUUAAUCUUGCCGUCGAGACUGCAAAGAAAAAAAUAGCAAUGCAAGAGUUCCGAAUUAAGGUGAAAAGGAACAUCAGUCCACAAUCUCCUCACUUUGACCCUUGUACUCUACCGGGUGUUGAUAGACUUUGCAAUUUAUUUGACAGAAUUUUUAAUAAUCACCACCCUUUGAUUGAUGUUGAUAAUGACUACUUCAGUUCAGUAAGUGAGGCAUGGCGCGGGACAUCUUGGAGGGGGAGGGAUUGUGAUGAUUUCGACCCCCUCACCCAUCCUGGGGCGAUUGAUCAUGGAGACCUAAUAUUAGACAAGAACUGUAAUGGCAUCUGGGGAUAUGACCCUGAAACAGGAAAAUCUUUUGAGGAGUUACUAUGUAAAGACACUGGUAACUUAGGUCUGAUUGUUCUUGGUGACUCAGUUGCUGCACAUUUCCGCAUCCCCCCUCAGUGGCUGACUGCCAGAGACCUGAAUGAAGAGGUUUUCUCUCAUGCUCCCUUUAUUGUGGCAAAUGAAGCUGACUGGCCUCAACUUUCACUGUACACUGGCUUCCUCUCUAAUAUAAACUGGGCAGUCGAAAAAGGCAAUGCUACUUCCAUCUACCUCAAACUUGCUGCCCGCAAUCGCUGUAACCAUCGCGACUACCAAAACCUGGCAAAGAACGGUGCAGAUUCCUUUGACGUAAAUAACAUCCUAAUCAAAAGCUUGACUCGCGACCACAACCGUGAUCACCCAGCCCUAGUCUUCUACUCUCUUGUCGGCAACGAUGUGUGCAAUAAAUACCACAGUCUUGAUCACAUGACCACCGCAGACCAGAUGCGCGUGAACAUGCGCAAGACGCUAGACACACUAGAAGCGAGGUUGCCACGUGGAAGUCACGUGGUAGCGGUCGGGAUGGUUGAUGGGCGGAUUCUUUAUGACAGCCUCCAUAACAGAAUCCAUCCAAUCGGAAAGCUCCGCGGUGACGUCACUUAUGCGCAGUUUUAUGAUUUUUUGAACUGCGUGCACGUAUCGCCGUGUUUUGGAUGGAUGAAUACUAAUGAGACGAUUCGGAAUCUGACCACGCAACGUGCACUGGAGUUAACCGCUGUCAUGAAGGAGGUCGCAACGCAGGCUACUAAUUAUACGAAUAUAGAUGUGCACUUCUUCCAUAACCCCUUCUUCAAAGUUAUUAAGGAUUGGAUGGAUAGUGGUCACGAGGUGUGGGAACUUAUUGAACCCACGGACGGCUUCCACCCUAAUCUCCAGGCCGAGUCCCUGGUGGCCGAGGAGUCCUGGAGACUACUAGAAACCGAAAUCCCACAUGUGCUAGGCAAGGUGAACCCAAAUAAUGACAGGAUACGUGAGCUAUUUGGAGACCAGGGAGGGUAUUGAUGUGAUUUUGGUUAAAAGUAUGUCACGCGAGGUAAAGCUUGAACAUGAUUGGUCCGACUGCGUCACAUGAUAGUAACUAUUAACUAUUAUCAGAACGUGUCAUAUUUUCACCAGAGUUGAUGUGAUUGGUCAGGACUGUGUGACGUAAUGAAAAGUGCUAUACUUAUGGUGAUUGGUCAGACUGUGCCACGUGAUCUUAGCUACUUAUAUGAUUGGUCAGAUGUUAAAAUGAUUGGGCAGGACUUCUUCACGUGAUGAAAGUAUUUAUAUGGUUGGUAAUAUCUGGAUAUAGACUUCAUAACAUUGUAACUAUAAUUUCGUUGGCAAAAACUUUUCAAAGGUUAUUUUGUAUACAGAUAUCGCACUUGAUUUUGAUUACUGUUAAUCAUUUUAUUAAGUAAUUAUAUUAAAUAUAAUGGCUAUGUUAUUUUUCAUAUUGUUGCGAUCGAAGGGGAUGUGAUGUAUUUGAAAGUGACUAUUUAUAGGCUGACAUAUGAUCCAAAUCAUCUAUUUGUAUUUCAAAAGUCGAUUUUUAAUAAUCACAAUUUAUAUUACAUCCAAGUGUAAAACUAUUGCAUGUCAAUAUGUAAACUAUAUAUUCCCAAUAUAUUUCUACAAUAAAUCACAAUAAAAUACA